GGGUUUUGUUGCAGUUCUUUGGCAAACAAACCCAAGAGCUGAACCAUGGCUACAGCAGUGCAACGGCUGAACGUGCCGACUGCGCAUCUUCGACCGCCUUGGUUUACGCCUCCAGAGAGUGCAGUUCAACUGCCGGAAUUUAUUGAGAGUGCAGCUGUGGGCGGAGCACCAUCGAGGUUCUACCACUACGCUGAUGCCGCAGAGGCAAGCAAUGUCUCCCCAGAAACGCGAAAAUUUCUUCAGGCAUGUCGGACAGAUGUGGACGAGGUUCGAACGCUGCUAGAUGAUGGGGCAGCUGUCUACCAGGCAAAUGCCAACGGUUUCUCAGGGCUGCACAUGGCUGCAGCAAACCUUCAGACGGAUGUGGCCCAGCUCCUACUUGAACGUGGUCACGACGUGAAUGUGAUGGAGGCCAACGGACUGACGCCAUUAGAUUACUGCGUUGAUGCGGGCUUCUCUGCAGCUGAAAUCAGUGGUCUUGAGCCCUGGAUCGGGAGGAACAAGGACAAGUAA